CUCUGCGAUGCAUGCAUGAAGAAGGAGGCGCUAGCCACUUUUGCCGGGUGUCCACUUCUUCUUCAGCUAUGGUCGUACGAGCAUUUCGCCAUAGGUAGGCCGGUGGUGGAUCGCUCCCCGUACCCAGAGGAGUGGUACGGCGAGAUGGAAGAGGACGCGCCGACAAUGGCCUCGCUGUGGUGUCGUCGACGGCCACACUGGGCCCACGAGCAGCCUCGCAGCGCGUACGAGCAUUUUCGUACCCAGUUUGACAGGCUACGUCCUAACGAUGUGGUAUGGGAGCCAUACAACGUUCGGGGCGUUCAUACACGUGCAGGGUCGGGAUUGUCACCCUUGUGCACCCGUGACGAGGAGUACUGGCUCACCAAGGCGCCCCUUGUCUUCGACAUCUACGUCGAAGAGUACUCACCGCAGCGCGUCAUGCGGCAGUUUGGCCGUCACCAGGCAUUCCCGCUCGUCCCCAUCCGUACAGUCCCCUUGCACGACGUUGUUGAUGAGGCGCAUCCCCACACCGAGGGAAACUUUACGGAGUACCUACGGUGGUACGUACCUCCUACGCGGACUCGUGUCACCUACACCCCUGAUGAUGUCCGGGGCCACGUCGCAUCGACAACGGAGACAUACCCGGUGCAUUGGGACGAGGACGCCGCUUUAGCAACAGAUAUCAUUUAUGAUGUAAAUAGGGAUGCAGCUGCUGCCAUGGACCGCGUCCGGCAAGGGCAUCACCUAAGUGCGUCGGAUGUUGCGAGCUUCAUUAGACGGGUUUUCGAUAAGACGACGCGCGCCCUGAAACUCACCUCCUGCCGAUCUACCACAGAUGCAGCAGGGCCGCCUCCCAGGACGAGUGGUGCACACGCCGAGUCGUCUCGGCCGUCAGACGUGCACCGACGUUCUUCAGUGUCGGCACCCACACGACCCCUCCUAUCACGUCUUGGAGGGUCCGAGCAACAUGGUCCGUCUCCACAAGUCUCGACGCAGCCUCGCAGAUUGAGCCCUGUACGUCCACAGUCAGGUUACUUCGGUGACGAGGCCGGUCCGUCUUCGGCGGCCCCACACCCUACCCCCACCCCCCCCCCCCCCGCAACGUACUACGGCACGUCAGCGUGGCCUUCUUCUGCUGCACCGUCGUACCACGCAGGCCCCUCCAGCCAGUACACAUGGACGCCUGCCGAGCCUUCACAGUCCUCCUACCCUAGUCAGGAGGAUGAGGCUGGCCCCGACACCGCAUACGACAUCGUCCGUGACUUCUUCGGGGGCACACCUGACUACGACGUCCUUCAGCGGUCCCAGGUUUCCAGUGCACCGCUUCGGACCCAGCCCACGCAUGACGAGCCCUCGACACCGGUGGUCCCUACUAGGCCUAGCAGACACGUCGGCCCACCUGACCCCCUCACCUACUCCAGGGGUCACGUGAGGGUUAACCAGCGGCAUCGGGACCACGAUGGGGCGCACGGACGACGGCAACGAGGGAGGCAUGAGUAGCAUUUUACAUUUUUUGUAACUAACAUAUGCGUAUUCGCUUCGUGAUGUGCUCAUAUGUAUUAAGACACGUUCACUUUGUAUGGUCGACUUAGCAUUUCGUAAAUGCAUUUCAUAUUCAGACA